AUGAAUUCUGCGCAGCGAGAAAACCAACACGCCAUAGAAAAAUUGAGGAUAGACAUCACCUCCGGUCCUUCGUACUUUAGUGCAAAAGAUGUCUUCAUCGAAGUCGCGUUCAAAACUGGCCCCUCUGAGCGAUGGCUUCUCAGGGCCGUAUCGCGGCAAACCGACAUUUUUGAGGUUACCCUUUGCCGACCAAGAACAUCAAAAAUCAGCUACAUAAAGCUUCAAGUCGACUUCGAGGCCCUAGCUUCCCCUAAAUGGAUUUGCCAGCGACUCCGGCUUGACGCAUUGAGAGAAGGAGAACUCGACUGGCGAUCUGUCUUGGAGUUCAACGGCGAGAUUAUUUUCUCGAAGACGGAAAGUCGGGUCUUGCGUCCACAGUCAUCUUUUCCUCAUCAAAAUGUCGCAGACUUCUCAUCUGGUCUAAAUUCACUGCUUUCUGGCUGCCUACCCGUGGGAAUUCUUGAAGGCAAUCUCAAGCAAGAGAAAACAAGAAUGAACAGAAACUUUGACUCGCCGAAAAGGAAGAUAAAAUAUUGGAUCCGGAUCAAGACAUGCGGUCAAUUAUCUACGGAGGGCUUCAACGGCAUCCUAAUGACGCUAAUUGGCACUAAAGAUUGGUCUAAUCCCAUCGCGAUAAAUGGGAAGCUCACCGGAGAGUUGCAGUACUUAUGCGUUGAUUUGGAGCCGAUUGGAAAGGUUCAGAAAGUGCUCUUUGACAAUGUGACACGUUCAAUUCCAAUUGAUUGGGUGCAGAUCAUACCGGAUAGCUCCAGUCCUAUUUUGCUCACAAAUAUACAGCAAUCUGGGAAUAGGAUGCUCGCGCUCAAAGGCUUCCAAUACAAAGUUUUUCUAAUGACUGGCCAAAAGUUGAGAAAAGAUGCUGUCAAACUAUCGAUCAAGCUUAUUGGAUCACGAACAAGCUCGCAAGUUCAUGAGCUCAAUACGAAGGCCUUGAGGGUCGGGUCUGAAAUUGAGACUGAUUUCUAUGACAAAAAUCUUGGGCUGAUUGAGAAAGUUGUGCUUUAUUUAGACGAGGGAAACGCUGGCGCAGACCUCUAUCUCGAAAAGAUUAAUAUUCAAAAGUCGCGCAACGAAGUACUGGAUCAAAGCGAAUUAAGGAUACAAUUCGACAAGAGAAUUUUGUUUGAAAUCAACGAUUGGAUCAAGUUCAAACCGGAAGGGCAAGAAUAUCAGCACAGAGUGGAGCUUUGCACAAGUGAUCGAGAAUCCUUCCUCAAGCUUUCAACCUCUUGGGAUGAUAUUGCGAAGACUUUACCAGGAUCAUCCAGCGCCCGUGUUGGGUUUAUUACGAGAUCGAGGUCUGGCGGAAACAUAUCUCUGUCACCAGAAAGUACAGUAAAUCUCGCUCUUCGAACACAAAAUACAGUGAUGGCCCGGCUACAAGUUCCAGCGCUCACAGGGAAUCGGAUUGAUACGAUCCAUUUUAAGGAUAAAGAAAUGAUCCCAAAUGUGGAUCAAGUAUCAUUAGAUCUUUCUCAUCUGGCGCCGUCUGACACCUGGUAUUGUGAGCACAUCUUGCUAAAGAAGCUAUCGUGCCGCGGGACUAUUAUGUUUCCUGUUUGCAAACAGCUCUCCCGAAACGUGAAGCCGCUUACAUUGACCCCGGGAGUGAAGUACCGUGUUUAUGUGUAUUCUCCUGCGCGAUCAGAAAUCGGUAGAAGAAGCUUCUUGAGGUUGCGUGGCAGUGAUGGAAAAACUUCAAAAAUCCUUCACUUAUCCUCCGAAGCGGAGAAACGCUUCAAGCAAGAAACUGACGACUUUGAAGUUACAUGCUUCGAUUUCGGGGGAAAAGACAUUGGCAGCAUAAUUGGCGGUGUCCUGUGGACAGAAGAUUGCGUCCGCUGGUACUGUCAUCAAAUCCAAGUACAGCUUUGCCGAAUGGCGGCCGAUUCAAAAGUAAACUGGACUUUGGCGAAGAUCUUCCCGGUUGAAAAAUGGAUUUCGAAGCAAUCGCCCGAACCCGUUACAUUUGAAUGA